GGAGCGGCUGCAUUUCCAUCCGAGUGUGCUGUCACAAAAAUGAACGUGUCUGUGGCCUUCUGCUCCAUCGCUGAGAUCUUCUUCACAGAUCUCUGCAUGGAGGAGGGCGCUGCUGACCGCUGCAAAGAGGCCAUCGACAAAGCUUUACAGUACGAUGAGCACAACCCUGAAGCUCUCCAGCUCAUGGCCAGCUACCUGUUCAGCAUAGAGAAAACUGAGGAGGGGCGUGAGUACCUGAAGAAGAGUGUGUCGUCAUGGUUACCUAGCCUACAGAAAGAGGAAGAGUCAUUGGCGAGCACAGAGCAUGACAUGGAGGAAGAAAAAGAUCAGAAUAAGAGCAACAUCCCGCCUUAUGAAUCCAGAAUAACAACAGCCAAACUGCUGAUCAAGGCUGAGCAGUAUGAGAUGGCCACAGAGGUGUUGGAGGAUCUUCUGGAGGAGGAUGACGAGGUUGUGGAGGUGUGGUAUCUGUUGGGAUGGCUGUUUUAUUUGCAGCUGGACAAACAAGACUUGACAAGCAACGGUGUGAACUUCAGAAAAUCAGCUUGGACGUACCUUAGCAAGGCCAAAAAGCUCUAUGUGAAGCUGCGCUGUGAGGACGCACCCAUGUUUGAGCAUACGGAGCAGCUGUUAGCAGAGCUGGGUGGUGAAGAGCAUGGGGCUGAUGAUGAUGAUGAUGAUGAAGCUGGACCGUCUUUAGACAACAUUGAGGAUGAUUUUAUUCAAAGCAGUGAUGAUGAAGAAGAUGCAAUGGAUCACUGACUGAACGUUUCUCACUCUUGUUUAUUCUAACUGUUUCUAUGGACUCGUCCAGUCAAAAUAUUAAAGUGAAAGCAGA